ACUGUGCACAGACGACGAUGCUUAAAGCUUGUUCCAAUGGUCAGUCUCGGAUCUCAAAGUUGUUCAUUAAUAACGUGUUAGCAUCGACAACAUCUAUCAUCGCCUUUAUUCUCCUUGUGGACAUUUUAAAAUAAUUAUUAAGUAUUUUUGGAGUUUUCUAAUCCGGAACCAUGGCGGAUUUUAUCGACUCGGAAGCCGAAGAAAGCGAGGAGGAAGAGGAAUUGACUGAAAAGGAACGGUCAAAGUUAAAAAAGAUAAAAGCUGCUGCUAUUGAUAGUGAUGAUGAAGAUGAAGAUGAUGAUGAACAAAUGCAGGAGGAAUUGGGGGACCUAAUCGAUGACAAUCCAAUUGAAGAUGAUAGCAGCAGCAGUGAAAGUGAUAAUGAAACUUCUGGUGGGACUAAGCGAAAAAGAGAUGACGAUGAUGAUGAACUUGAUGAUCGACUGAGUGAAGAGGAUUUUGAGCUGAUUGAAGAAAAUUUGGGUAUAAAAAUGAAGAGGAAAAAAACCUUUGUCCGAGUCAAACGAAUUGUAGAUGAUGAAUCUGAUGAAGAAGGACAAGAAAAAGGAAGAGAUGCCAUUGCCAAUGAGCUAUUUGAAGGCUCUGAUGGCGAAGACAGCAGGAGAGCCGCAAGUAGAACAAGGCAAGAAAGAAAUGAAGAAGAAAAUUUUGAUAAAUAUUCCGAUGAAGAAGAUGAAGACGAAGAAGAUAUUGGCGAUUUCAUUGUCGACGCUGAGGGUCAACCCAUUCACGGAAAGAAAAAGAAGAGAAAAGCAAUUUACACUGACGCAGCUUUGCAAGAAGCACAAGACAUUUUUGGGGUUGACUUUGAUUACGAAGAUUUCAACCAGGAAGGAGAGGAAUAUGAAGAGGACGAAGAGGAAGAAGAAUAUGAAGAUGAAGAGGGAGUUAGAAAAAUGCGAAAGAAGCCGGGUCAGGUUGUGAAAAAGAAGUCUCAGCGCAAAACCAUAUACGAUGUCUAUGAGCCUAGUGAACUUGAACGGGGUCACUUUACGGACUUCGACGAAAAGAUCCGAAAAACCGAUAUGCCUGAACGCAUGCAACUCCGAAAUGUUCCGAUUUCGUCGGUGGAUGAAGGUUCAUCAGAAUUGGACUUGGAAGCAGAGUGGAUAUACAAGCACGCAUUUUCCAAACCAUCGAUUUCAAAUCAGGACGGAAAUACAGAUGGUCGUGAAAAGGCUACAAAAGGCCCACAGACAGUCGAAAAGAUCCGUAAAGCUCUCGAAUUUAUGCGCAAUCAACACUUUGAAGUGCCUUUCAUCGCCUUUUACCGUAAAGAAUACGUUCAACCCGAGUUGAGCGUCAAUGACCUUUGGCGAGUUUACAAAUUUGACGAGAAAUGGACGCAACUGCAAACACGCAAGAAGAACAUGAUGCGACUCUUCAAGAAAAUGCAAAAGUAUCAGUCGGAGAAGCUUACCCAAAAUUUGACGGAAUCUAUUCCGGAAAAUGUUCGUGUUCUCAAAGAUGAGGACUACGAUAGACUGAGAGUCGUUCAAUCGAUUGAAGAGUUAAGCGACGUUUACAACCAUUUCGUGCUAUACUAUGGAGCUGACGUACCUGCCAUGCAGGAAGACCAUCGCCGUAAGGCGAGAGAAGAAGCUAAAGAACGAAGAAGUUCAGCCGCUAGAAGAAGGUUGAACGAAGACGGGGAACCUAUUGAUGUUGAUGAUCUCGGUGAAGACCUUCGUGAUCCAGAUGAUCCCGAUACAGCAAACAUUGACGAGGCAUCAGCUAUCAAACAAGCGACACGAAGUGAUCUGUACUCUUUGUGCGCUAGGGCUGGAUUAGAUGGUUUAUUAAGGAAAUACGGAUUAUCUCCUGAACAAUUCGCUGAAAAUAUGCGGGAUAAUUACCAACGACACGAAGUAGAUCAAACACCAACGGAGCCUUUCGAUGUUGCGCUUGAAUACGUCUCGACAAAGUUCCCAACUGCUACUGAAGUCCUUAAAGCAGCAAACUACAUGAUGGCAGUUCAGAUCGCCAAAGAGCCGUUGGUUCGUCAGUGUGUUCGCGAAGCCUUCUUUGAACGCGCUCGAAUCGACGUUAUACCCACAAAACAGGGUCUGAAGGAGAUCGACGAGAAUCACCAUCUUUAUCCCAUGAAAUUUCUUAAAGAUAAACCCGUGCGUGACUUAGCAGACGACCAGUUCCUCCGCCUGAUAGUCGCUGAACAAGACAAGUUACUUACCAUUGUUUUCCAAACGAAAAUCGAAGGAGCGACUACUCCCAGUUACGUUGAUGAGGUGAAAGCAUUAUUCACCCGCGACGAGUUCAGCAAACUAGUUCAAGAAUGGAAUGAUCUGCGUAAUGAAGUAAUUGAUCUCGCACUCAAUAAGUUCGUUUUCCCUGCACUGGUCAAAGAGCUUAAGGCUAAGUUGUUAAGCGAAGCUCGGGAAUUUGUUUUACGAGCUUGUUGCCACCAGCUUUACAACUGGCUUAAGGUUGCCCCCUAUAAAGUCGACUUCGAUGACGAAGAUGAAUGGGACACUAAAAAUGGCAUUCGAGUCAUGGCGAUCAGCUACGUUGCCGAUCUCGAUCAAGCUGCUUUUGGUUGUUUAAUCAAUGUCGACGGUGAAUGUACGGAUCACAUCCGUCUGGAACAUAUUCUUAAACGAAAAAAUGCUUGGAAGGAGAUGGAUCGUGCUGGAAAAGAGAGAGACUUGAAUAUGCUGCGUAAUUUCAUUUUUAGUAAAAAGCCACACGUAAUCGCCGUUAGUGCCGAGUCGCGAGAAGCUACCAUGCUGAUAGAAGAUUUGCGAGCUAUUACUGCUCAGUUAGUCGAAGAUGAACAAUGGCCAAUGAUCAAUGUUGAACUAGUAGACAACAGUUUGGGUAAGGUUUUUGCGAAUUCCACUCGAGCUGAAACGGAGUUUCGUGAAUAUCCGUCAUUGUUACGCGAAGCCAUAAGCAUCGCCAGAGGUUUACAGGAUCCACUCAUUGAGUAUUCACAAUUGUGCAAUACCGAUGAAGAAAUCGUAUGCCUUAAAUACCACGAGUUGCAGGAUCAGCUGUCUAAAGAAGAACUUUUGGAAGGACUCUAUACAGAAUUUGUUAACCGAACGAAUGAAGUUGGUGUUGACAUCAAUCGGGCCAUUAACUACCCGCACACAGCUAAUCUAGUUCAGUUUGUCUGCGGUCUCGGUCCAAGAAAAGGCCAAGCGCUGAUAAAAAUCCUGAAACAAAACAACCAAAGGCUAGAAAAUCGAACUCAAUUAGUCACCGCCUGUCACAUGGGUCCAAAAGUUUUCAUUAACUGUGCUGGUUUCAUCAAAAUUGAUACCAAUUCACUUGGUGACAGUACCGAAUCGUACGUAGAAGUAUUGGACGGCUCGCGUGUCCAUCCGGAAACUUACGAAUGGGCUCGUAAAAUGGCUGUUGAUGCUCUAGAGUACGACGAUGAAGAUGCCAAUCCAGCUGGUGCUGUUGAAGAAAUUCUCGAAGCUCCCGAGCGCCUCAAAGAUUUGGAUCUCGAUGCUUUCGCUGAUGAACUUGAGCGACAAGGUUUCGGCAACAAACGAAUCACUUUGUACGAUAUCCGAUCGGAGCUCAAUCAUCGAUACAAGGACGCCCGACAGCAAUAUCAAGCACCUUCUCCUGAAGAGAUCUUUAAUAUGGUCACUAAGGAGACGCCACAAACCUUUUUCAUCGGCAAGCUUGUAAUGGCAACCGUAACGGGCUUCCAGCACCGCAAACCCAAACGUGAGGAAUUGGAUAGAGCGAAUCCAAAUAGAAAUGAAGCUACCGGCCUUUGGCAAUGUCCCUUUUGUCUGCAGAACGACUUCACUGAUUUAUCGGAAGUGUGGAACCAUUUUGAUGCUGGAUCGUGCAGUGGUCAAGCGAUCGGUGUGCGAGUUCGCUUGGAAAACGGAUUGUCAGGGUUCAUUCCAAUGAAAUGUCUUUCUGACUCUGAAGUAACCAAUCCAGAAGAAAGAGUUCGUCCUGGCCAGACGAUCCAUUGUCGUGUAACUAAAAUCGACGUGGAGCGGUUCUCGGUCGCAGCAACUUCCAAAUCCUCUGAUCUGAUGGACAAAAACGGCGAAUGGCGUCCGCCUAAGGACGCUUACUACGACACAGCAGCUGAAGAAAGCAUUUUGCGAGCAGAAGAAGAUGCUAAGAAGCUCAAACAUCGCCAAAGCUACACUAAGCGUGUCAUUGUUCAUCCAUCAUUCAAAAAUAUUGGAUUCAAAGAAGCUGAAAAAAUCAUGGCUUCUAUGGAACAAGGUGAAGUUAUCGUUCGGCCUUCCAGCAAAGGAACCAAUCAUUUGACAGUCACCUGGAAGGUCGGCGAAAACAUUUGCCAGCACGUUGAUAUCCGAGAAGAGGGCAAAGAAAACGCUUUCAGUCUUGGUCAAUCGCUGUGGAUCGGCGAUGAAGAAUUUGAAGAUCUGGACGAAAUUGUGGCUCGCUACAUCAACCCGAUGGCUGGCCACGCCCGCGAUCUCUAUGCUUUCCGUUAUUUCCGCGAUUUGGGAAUUCCGGAAGAGAACUAUGCCCCUGGCAAAGAACGCGAACGUGCCGAUGAAGUGAUCAAGGAUGACAAAAAGAAAAAUCCUGCAAAGAUUCACUACUUUGUAACGGCUUCCCGUGAAUUUCCGGGCAAGUUUAUGCUUACAUAUUUACCCAGGACGCACACCAAGCACGAAUUCAUCACAGUUACUCCGGAAGGAUUCCGAUUCCGUGGACAGGUCCACGACAGUUUGGCUUCUCUCUUCCGAUGGUUCAAGGAACACUUUAGAGAUCCUAUUCCUGGGACUCCUUCUUCACGUGCCGGUGGCGGUGGCCAUCAUACUUCGGGUAGCUCGUCACGUACACCUGGCUAUGGUGGAACAGGAACGACCCCGAAUGUUAAUCCAGAGACGCUGCAACGUGUAGCUCAAUCGAUACCAGCUAAUAUGCUUCAUUCCCUUAGUCAGGCUGCACAUUUCCAAGGAACCCCGACGCCCUUCGGUUACCCUGCGAAUACUCCAUACACACCAUCUGGGCAGACGCCUUUUAUGACCCCGUUUGCCACAACUCCUCAUCAACCUCAGACUCCACGCUAUUCCGGUACUCCCGCACCAAAUGCUGCACCUUCGGGUGGAGCUUCUCAGGGCACUUUCAGAACACCUGCUGCUCCAGUUGCACACAGAGGAUAUGGAUCACAGAAUCAUUCAUCUUCACCAUUCAACCGUCAAUCUAGUGGUUCCAAUCGACCAAGUUCUCAAAGCUCAUCCAGAGGAGCUUCCGAUUCGUGGGAUGCAGUUGCUGAUGAUUGGGGCCUUGGAAGUACAGCCAACGGCUCCAAAACUUCUACAUCUCGAUCUGCUGCACCUGCUGGCAGUGAACCUGAUGAUUGGAACGCAGCAACUAAUGCUUGGGGUUCAGUUACCGCUAACCGGUCAGCCGCAAAAACGACGCCUAAUUCAAGACCAAGUGCCGCUGCCUCAGGUGAUGAUUGGGGAGCUUCUGCUGAUGCCUGGGCAUCUUCUGGUGGCAAUUCUCGCGGAAGAACAACACCAAGCGCAAGCAGAGCCGGGGCAGGCACAGAGGACUGGGGUGCGUCAAGCAAACCAUCAGGAUCAUCUUCCAACCCAUCCACACCCAAAACCAAUUCUUCAAAAACCGGAGGUAGUGAUGACUGGGGAGCUAAAGCCGACGCCUGGGCUGCCUCAAAGGGAAGAACUACAACCAGUUCUAGCAAAGGAGAUGAUUGGGGAAGCUCUGGCAGCUCUAGUAGCCCAUGGGCCACUGGUGCUAAUGCCGCUCCGAGAGGAGGAAGGACUCCAUCUCGUGGUGGAUCGAAAUCUAGUACACCUGCUAGCAGUCAGCCAGCAGCUGUGGAUGAUUGGGGUUUAUCCAACGACACACCGGCUGCACAGUCUGCUACAACUACGUCACGUAGUGCGACAUCAGCAGCAAACGAUGACUGGGCAUCCGAAGCCGAUGCGUUUGCGUCAGGUAGCAAAUCUGCAACCCCGCGAGCUGCACCGACUCCGAGUUCAUCUGGUGCUGAUGAUUGGUCAGCGGCAGCUGAUGCAUGGGCUAGCGGAAGCAGCUCCAAAGCAUCAACGACACCCAGCGCUUCCAAGACAGAUGAUCCAUGGAGUAGCAUAAGUAGCACUGGUGGCAGUGGAGGAGGAUCUUACGGUUCCAGAGGAACAGGAGGGUCGUAUGGCUCCCGAGGAGGUGGUAGAGGUGGAGGAGGAGGCGGUGGAAGGCCGUGUUAUAAUUGCCAGGAAGAAGGUCAUAUGUCGAAAGAUUGUCCUAAACCCAGAGCAGGAGGUGGCAGGGGACGAGGAGGAGGAGGAUCCAUGUCUUGUUAUAACUGUAACGAAGACGGACAUAUGUCAAGAGAUUGUCCUAAGCCUUCUGCUAGAGGUGGUGGUAGAGGCGGGGGUUCGAUGUCCUGUUACAAUUGUAAUGAAGACGGACAUAUUUCAAGAGAUUGCCCGAAGCCGUCCAGCCGAGGAGGAGGUAGAAGUGGUGGAAGCCGUGCUUGCUAUAAGUGCAAUGAAGAAGGGCACAUGUCAGCAGAUUGUCCCAAAUCAGGAGGGAGCAGAAGCGGCAGCAGCCGCUCCCGAUCUAGUACGGCCUCCGCCAAUGACGAUAGGGGAUCCACCUCCAGCCCAUGGGCUACAGGAGCCAAUGCAGCCCCUCGCGGAAGUGGAAGGGCAUCGUCGAGUGCUAGCAAAUCAAAUGAUGAUGAUUGGGGGGCUUCUGUACCUGCUAGAUCAGGUGACAGGACAUCGCCAAGUGCCAGAAAAUCAAACGACGAUGACUGGGGAACUCCUGCACCCCCUGCUGCAGCCGGUAGAUCUACACCAAGUGCCAGAAAAUCAAACGAUGAUGAUUGGGGAGCUACGGCCGACUCUUGGCCUUCAGCCACCGGGAAGGGCGGAGGAGAUAGAUCUCGGUCAAGCAGAAGUACAGCGGCUCCUGCUUCUUCAGCUGAUUCAUGGGACACUGCAGCGACGUCUAGAGGAUCUGCGUCACGAGGAGAUGAUGAUUGGGGCACUUCUAUCAGCGCACCUGGAACUACGCCACGAUCUAGUGAUGGUCGAAGAAGUUCUCGCCAGGGCGGCCGCAGUCCUCGUCAAAUGGAAAUGGGCGACGCCACCCCGCUCUAUGAUGAAUGACCUCUCUAACACAUAAUAACUCUUAGCGUUAGAUUCUUCUGUUCCCUCAGCUCAUAUUGUUUCAUUCGUAUUCACUACCCUAAUCGUGCUUUGCGAAAAACCGUCACUAGUAUCGAACUGGGAGCGGGAAAAAAAAAGUUUUGAUACUUGAAUACAAAGGACAUGUAUUUGCACUUGCGAUUAUGUUGUAUCACAUUACAUUUCCGCUGGUACCUAGUGUUCUCUUAUUUUAUAACCAACUGAAACGUUAAAGAAAAAUAAUCGUUGGAAUACAUAAUCGCCUCACUAGGCACCUCUUUUAA